UCACCAUUUCAAAAUUCCAGCCCUCCUAUGCAUCCACGUCAGCACCCUUCCGACCAAUCGGAUUUUUUCUUAACUCCUUUUUUUUCUUUUAAGUUUUUCUAUACCCCAAUUAGGAUGUGCCACGUAACUCUCUCUCUCUCUCUUCUUUUUCAAUAUCCCCUACUAUUCUUAAUUGAUUCAUAUUUAUUUCGCUUCAACUCCGAAUUUAAAUAUUAUUGCGCAAAAAAAUCAGAUUUUAUGUGAUCUACACAAGGAUACCCAUUUUGAUAUAUGUUUUUUUAAACAUAGCCACAGUCAUAUAUUUACAAGGCAUGUUCCUAUUCGAUAGUUGCGAAACUAUAUCAAUAUCAUUCGAUUGUACCGCCAUAAAGUAUAUACUAACAUAGAUCGCAGAACAAAUUGCUUAUUCUACUGAGUUACUAAAUUAUAUCAAUGUUUAAUUUUGUAAUAUCAUAAUAAUAAUGCACAACAAUUUCAUGGGUGCUAAAAUAUUGUCGUGCGGUACAAACUAAUUUACCUUAAAAAAAUCAUUUAGCGGCCAACUAGUCGGACUCAAAGGUAUACACGAUUUGGAAUGAGAGAGGACAAUGACAGACUGAACAAAAUAGACACCUUAUGAGAAAAAAAAAUACCAAAGUACGUAUUUCAAACAAAAUUUACCCGGCCAACGAACCGAGUACCAAACUAGUAAUAAGUUAAUAACAGUAUCCCCAGCCGGCAGCCGCCUCUACCUGACUACCACUUGCUCUACUAAUUCGAUUAUUUUAUGUUUGGUGGAGUGAUAUUUGGAGUUUGUGGGCCGCCCGCGAAGCCAACAGGCAGGCUCAUAAGUCACACCAUGGCCCAAUAUGUAGGGCUGCAAAUAAGUUAAGCCAUUUGCAAGUGGAAAAAAUUUGUUCUAUACUUGAUUUAUUAUUUAAAUUUAAUAAGCUAAUUUAUGAGCCGACUCGUUUACUUGAGCUAUAUCAUGUUCAGUUUGAUAAACUCAUGAGCUAGCCAGACACUAUGACUUGUUGAGCUAAUCUCGCGAGCUGAUUUGUUUAGAGCUUGUGAAAGAAUUAAUUAUUCUUCUGAACAUGAACACUAUCUUGUUAAUAAGGAUGCGUAUGGAAGUUAGUAAUAUUUUUAGUUUCUAGUACUGUUUUUAUAAUUUAAAUUCUUAUGUUUACAUAUUUUUCAACAUCAAUGAUUUCAAACCGAUUUCAUAUAUUGAGAGAGCUUGCUCACGUCUUGACAAACUCUGGUAAUGAGCAUUUACCUAGCUCAACUAAGCCAAGUUAGAUUACUUUAAUUCAAGCUGAGCACAAACUCGAGCUGUAUUAUCAACUUGCCUUGUAAGCAACCCUACCCAUAUGGAAUGUAGAUGGGAUGAAGAAGUAUGAGUGGAUACUGGAUAGACUACUAGUCUUUUCGAUAUACCUCUUCUGAAGGAUGAUAAUACUGUUCAUAAAAGAUUAAAAAUAAAUUAUUUAUCGCAUUAUAUAGAUGUGUAGUCUAGACAUAUACACUCCCUCAAAGCACACUGCUCUGAUCCAAGCUAGCUACUGUACAUUAGCAAAACCCCGAGAUUAUGGCGGUGGGUAUUGAUGAACCGGCGGCAGAGUUGCGCAGGAAGAGGGUGGAGUUUCAUCCUUCCGUUUGGAACGACUUCUUUGCUCGCUCUAACAUCUCCACCAACGCUGCUGAUUCUCAGAAUUUGGAGGAAGCUCAGAAACUGACGGAAGAAGUCAGGGAUAUGCUCAGGGGAGCUGUUACUAACGAUGAUGAGAAGAAGGCUACGAUUCUGGAAACGCUGGAGAUGAUUGACGCCGUCCAAAGGCUCGGCAUCGCUUAUCAUUUCGAAGAAGAGAUCGAAGCAGCUCUGCUUCGAAUCUCCGGUGCCGCCGCCGAUGGGUAUGUCGACGCCGACGGUGACUUGUACGCUGUUACCCUCCGAUUCCGGCUUCUCAGGCAGCAGGGCUACCACGUCAAUCCCACGCUCGCGUUGGCGAAAUUCAAAGACGAGAAGGGUUAUUUCAAGAAAGAUGUGACCGGUGACGUGAAAGGACUGCUGAGCUUGUACGAAGCUGCUUACUACAGAGUCAACGAGGAACAAGUACUGGAUGAAGCACUCGUGUUCGCAAGAACUCACCUUGAGCCCAUUACCCAGCUAGAGGACUCGCCUUGGGCUAGCCAAGUGAGACACUCGUUGAAAUGGCCCAUACUCAAAGGGCUUCCCAUAAGAGAGUCGAGGCACUUCAUGUCGAUAUACCAACAAGACGAAAGGCACAACGAAGCCAUUCUGAAGCUAGGGAAGCUGGAUUUCAACUUGGUCCAGAAGUUGCAUCAGCACGAGCUUAACAUUCUCACCAAGUGGUGGAUGGAUUUGGACACGCCAACUACACUACCAUUUGCGCGGGACAGGGUGAUAGAGUGCUACAUGUGGCCGUUGGGUGGAUUUGUGAGGCCUGAUUAUACCACUGGAAGAAUUUUUGUCACGAAAAUUACCGCACUUGUCUCCACCUUAGAUGACAUUUUCGAUGUCCAUGGCACCAUCGAUGAACUUGAGAGCAUUACCAAAGUCAUCAAGAGGUGGGAAAUUACAGAUGAAGACGUGCUCCCUAGCUAUUUCAAGUUCUGGUUCAAGACAUUGCUUGAGGUGUUUGCUGAAAUUGAAGCUCAUGUGUCCAAGGAAGGCAGGUCCUUUUGUAUGGAGUAUGCAAGGGAAGCAGUGAAACAUAUAGUGAGAGCUUUCAUCAAGGAAGCCAGAUGGUACAACAAAGGUUAUGUAGCAACAAUGGAGGAACAUUUGCCUAAUGGUUAUGUGAGCAUUGGGUAUCCACUGGCUAUUACAGUGGUUUAUUGUGGAAUGGGAGAAAUUGCUUCCAAAGAGGUCUUCCAAUGGCUGUUCAGUCAACCCAACCCUAAAAUCCUUGCUGCUGGUUCUAGCAUCGCCAGGCUCAUGGAUGACAUAGUCUCCCACGAGUUUGAGCAAGAAAGGGGACAUGUGGCUUCGUCCGUAGAAUGCUACAUGAAGCAAUACUGCGUGUCAAAGCAAGAGGCGUACGUGGGGUUGAACAAUUUGGUGGAGAAAAUGUGGAAAGAUAUGAACGAAGAUCUGAUGCUGCCUUUGAAAGCUCCAUUACCGAUUCUGAUGACCAUAGUAAAUAUGGUGCGAGUCAUGGACCUGUUGUAUAAGGAUGAAGACACUUACACGCAUGCCAAGACCUUCAUGAAAGAAUUGCUCACCAACAUUCUCGUGGAUCCUGUGCCUAUAUAACCCAACUAUUCUUAUUGCCGAUAAGAUCGAUCUUUGGGCAGUUCACUGCGUGGAGUGUGUAUUUUAGUAUAUCUUUGUGUUACUUUUGUGUUCUGGACUCAGGGUCCAUCAAUUAAGCAUUGUCAAAUAAAUAUGUCAACAUCAAUAUAACAUUGUCUAAACUAUUACAUCGCGAUCAACUUAUGGAUAUUAUUAAGCGUUUUCAUUUUCCUACUUUUUAAAUUGGUUUUAUCUUCUUUGUUUUAACUUGGAUUUCACAAAAAUUUGCAUCGAUGGAGUGAGUUCGUUGUGAACUUAAAAUUUAUAUCCAUUUUCAAUAUAUUUCGAGAAUUUUUUUUUUCCGCACUAGCAAUACCACACGUUACCACCUUGAUAACCCACUAUGUACCACCUUCGUUUUUCAAAUAUCCGGGGAAUUUUUUUUCAAGACCAUAUAUACCAUCCUAUACCACCUUGGUAAUGGUAUGUUGUGUUAACUAGUGGUAGAUGGUGAUGAAAGGUAGUAAAUGACAAUUAAUAUAUUAUUACUAUCCUAUAUAUAACUAUUUUACAAUAUGAUAUGUUAAUACCACCAUGAUACACUUAUAUAGCAUUUAGUAUAAUCUUAUUUACUACCAAAAAUUACCACCAUGGUAUGAAAUCGUAAUACAUGUCACAAUUUUUUUUUGUUUCAAAAUAUAUCAAAAUCGAUGUCAUUUUGAAGAGCGAACUUAAUUUGAUUUUUCUAUGAGUUUUUUUCAAUUACGACACAAAAUGAAAGAGAUAACUCAUUAAAAUUAAUUUGGAAAAUUUUUUGUUGCCUUUCAUCAAUUAAUUAAAAGCACAAGUCAAUGUUACUGUUCCUUACGAAAAAAACUCCCACCCCCAAUUCUUUCGCAAACAAUGUUCAUUACAUUUAUUGUAGUUUUCUAAUUUAAAUCAUUAGCUACAGGUGGUAGCAUGCACAAACAUAUGAGGAAUUACACAUAAAGGGGUCUUCUACGUAGUGGUCUAACAAAAUGCUAUACUUUUUAUAAUUUCAUUUUAUUAUUAGACCGCACAUUACAAAAUAUUUACGUAUCACCGUGCUAUAAAAAUUCACGUAACAUAUGAAAAAUUACACAUAAAGGGGUCUUAUAUGCAGUGGUCUAACAAAAUGUGAUACUUUUUAUAAUUUGAUUUUAUUAUUAGACGCACAUUACAAAAUAUUUACGUAACACCGUGCUAUAAAAAGACACGUAACAUAUGAGGAAUUACACAUAAAGGUGUCUUCUACGUAGUGGUCUAACAAAAGGUGAUACUUUUAUAAUUUGAUUUUAUUAUUAGACCGCACAUUAUGAAAUAUUUACGUAACACCGUGCUAUAAAAAGUCACGUAGCAUAUGAAGAGUUACACAUAAAGGGAACUUCUACGUAGUGGUCUACUAAAAUGUGAUACUUUUUAUAAUUUGAUACUAUUAUUAGACCUCACAUUACGAAAUAUUUACAUAACACCGUACUAUAAAAAGUCACGUAACAUAUGAGGAAUUACACAUAAAGGUGUCUUUUACGUAGUGGUCUAAAAAAUGAGACACUUUUUAUAAUUUGAUUUUAUUAUUAGACCGCACAUUAAGAAAUAUUUACGUAACACCGUGCUAUAAAAAGUUAUGUAACAU